AUGGCUGCCAACAGAACAGCGAAGAAAGGUGACUGGCACACGAUAAAUAUGCCGGUGAAAAACAAAAUAGUGCCGUUAAAUGUCGGCUUUACUGACGAAAAAAUGAAAAAAAUAAAACUUGGUUUUAUUCCGGAGGAAAUGGAGGAGAAAUGGUUUAUAUAUUACGACGAGGAAGACGAAAGCUUGUAUCUACAUCGCAGUUGGACUGGUUUCUGUGUUUUUAUUGUGAAAUUUAAGAAAAUUGAUAGUGGCUACGCCGCUGUAUCUGCCCUGGUAUUAAUCAAAGAUGUCAAAUUCUACAUAAUGUAA